UACUAAAAAUGGAUUGAAACCGCAGCAACUGGAAAGCGCAUGCGCGCUAGACUGCUGCUUGUGUUUCCUGUUCAGGCUCGACUCAUGCGAAGAGAUGGCGCUUCUGAGAGCGGGUUAUGGAUGUUUAGCGUUUCUUCUCUUCACUCCGACGGCAUUUUCUUUGGUGGACGAUCUCGAUGAUACGUUUAAAGACAAGAGAAUGGAAAACAUUUGGCUGGUGGAUUUUUAUGCACCAUGGUGCGGUUAUUGCAAGAAACUGGAGCCGGUGUGGCAGGAGGUAGGAGCUGAGCUAACACGUUCUGGGUCUCCAGUCCGAGUGGGCAAAAUGGAUGCCACUGCCUAUUCAGGUGUAGCCUCGGAGUUUGGUGUGCGAGGAUACCCCACAAUAAAACUGCUGAAGGGGGAGCUCGCCUAUAAUUAUAAGGGCCCAAGGACCAAAGAUGACAUCAUUGAGUUUGCCAACCGGGUUUCGGGUCCAGCUGUGCGAUCUCUCCCAAGCAAACAGAUGUUUGAACACGUAUUGAAGAGGCAUAAUGUGCUGUUUGUGUAUGUUGGUGGGGAGUCUCCUCUCAAGGAGAAAUACAUUGAGGUGGCGUCUGAGCUUAUCGUGUACACGUAUUUCUUUUCUGCAUCUGAAGAUGUCCUACCUGAGUCUGUAAAUUUGCCUGAAUUGCCUUCAGUGCUUGUCUUCAAAGAUGGAUCCUAUUUCACAUAUGAUGAGUAUGAAGAUGGGAGCUUGUUGUCGUGGGUCAACCGUGAGCGUUUUCAAAGUUACCUGAAGAUUGAUGGCUUUACACUCUAUGAGCUGGGAGAAACAGGUAAAUUGGUGGCAAUUGCAGUUACUGAUGAGAAGGAUCAAACAGAACAAAGUGUCAGGUUAAAAGAUCUUAUCCAGAUAGUUUCUACUGAGCACAAAAAACAGUUCAACAGGGAUUUUCAGUUUGGCCACAUGGAUGGUAACGACUACAUCAACAGCCUGAUAAUGGGUGAGGUGUCAGUGCCUAACAUCAUCAUCCUCAACACAUCAAAUGAGCAGUACUUCUUGCCUGCUGAACCUGUAGAGAACCUCCAACAACUACUUCACUUCUUUAACAGCGUAUUGGAUGGCAGUGCUCCGGCACAUGGAGGUGAUGGAAUAUUUCAAAGAAUCAAGCGUGUGGUGUAUGAUGCCAAAUCAACAAUAAUGUCGGUGUUCCGCAGUUCUCCGGUGUUGGGAUGCUUCCUGUUUGGCUUACCAUUAGGAGUCAUUAGUCUCAUGUGCUAUGGAAUCUGCACAGCGGAAUCUGAUGACAGUACAGAUGACAUGGAGUUAAUAAAGAGGGAUGGAUUUACAGAUGAAGAGGAAGAGGAGAGUGAGAAUGAGGUGCGACAUCAAUUGACAGCUAAAAUAAAACACACAGAAGAGAAUGAUGAAGAUGGAGAAGAAACUGAAGAAAAGAGCUCAAAAGAUAAAAAAGUUGAUUAACAAACAUGAAAAAUAAUGGAAUAAAUGCCUUCGAAUGGAUGGAGCAGUCUGCUGGUUUUUAUUGGAUCAUUUACUUAAUCUCUAUUGGUUAUUUUGACCUGUUCAGUUGUUUUCUACAUGUUAUCCUGAAAUGUGUGUAAAUUCACAUGUUAUCUUGAUGUGUGUUUGGGUAUUGCUUAAAGUUAAAGAGUACAUAAUAACAGUCAGUGCUGCAGUGCCACAUAUGACCGUGCUUACAUAGCAGACAGAGAUUAAACAUCAACACCACCAAUACAGCCUCAAACCUGUUUUAAAAUUGCCCCAGUACUUUUUGUGCCUAAUAAUCACCAUUAUUUAGUAAUUUGCUCCUAAGUGAAAGUGAUUGAUUGACCCUGGAACACCUUUUCUAUUAACUAGUCAGACUGUAGGAUCAGGUUAAAGGUCAGUGUUGGGUUUAGAUUUAGGACUGUUUUCUUUGCUUAUGAAUUUACGGUUAGGGUUUGGGUCAAUGGCGGCUGGUGCUAAAAAAACUUGGGGUGCACAAAUCAAACUGUUACUGUAAUAAUGCAGGACUGUAAAUAGCCAUUUAUCAGGUGACAAUGCACUGUAUCUUUACUGCUUAGCUAAAAUUUGAAAAUGUUACAGUUUAGGUCAACUGUUGGCAUGCAAUAAAUGUACUAUGAAUCUGUGAA